AACUGUUUGGGAUAAAAAUAUGUCGUUAUAAUGUGCAAAAAAUUGCCUGCAUAUGUCAUAUUUUGUUGUUUUCACAAUAAUUAUACAUACUUAAUUAUCGUUUUGGCCAUAAUCUUUGUGAUAACCUAUAACACUUUAUAAAAGUAAGCUAAAGACAUCAAAUAGUUGUGUUAACAGUUUAGAUAGUCUAGAUACGUCGAAAUGAAAGGUAUUCUGCUGGCCUUAGUAGCGAGUAUUUGGUUGACAUGGGUGGUUUGUAUUCCCUACGUGGCUGUAAAAGGUGUUAUUAGCGCAAAAUGGGUGGUGUUUCAGGGUCCGUCUGGUCCAAAAGCUUUAAGCGUAUAUCCACUUACAUACCAAUUCAACAUCCGUUCCGAUAUCUCGAACAGAUAUGCCAAAACUUUGGUAACCAGUAAAGUUGAAAAUGCAGCACCCAAUUCAAAUGAAGCAACAUUUACAGUUGUUUUGCCAGAAAAAGCAUUCAUUUCUAAAUUUGUAAUGGAAAUAGAUGGCAAAUCCUACCAAGCUUAUGUUAAAGAAAAAGAAGAAGCUAAAAGUAUUUAUGAUUCGGCAGUUAAAAAAGGCCUAAGUGCUGGUCAUGUCGCAGUAAGUGCUAGAGACUCUAAUAAAUUCACUGUGUCUAUCAACGUUGAGCCACAAAGUAAAGCAAGUUUCCAGCUUACCUAUGAAGAACUUUUAGAGAGAAAGAACAACCAAUAUGAACUCGUGCUAAACAUACACCCUGGUCAAAUAGUUAGGGAUAUGAACAUUGAGGUCGUUUUGAAUGAAAGCCGUCCUUUGAAAUUUGUAAAAACUCCUUCGUUGAGGUCAGGAAACGAAAUUUCUAAAGACGAUUCAAAGCUUGACCCCUCAGCAGAUAUCCAAAUAAUCAACAAUAGAAGCGCUGUUGUUAAAUUCAAACCGAACUCCGACAAACAGAGAGAAUUUGCGAAAGGACUGGGAAAGAAAGAAUAUGAGGGUAUAGCUGGACAAUUUGUUGUACAAUAUGAUAUAGAGAGAGAUCCCCAUAAGGGAGAGAUUCUACUCAAAGAUGGAUACUUCGUACAUUUCUUUGCUCCCGAGGACGUCGAACCCCUAUCAAAACACGUAGUGUUUAUCUUAGAUACCAGUAUUAGUAUGAACGGAAGAAAGCUCAAGCAACUGAAGGAAGCUAUGGGCAACAUUUUGGAUCAACUCAAAAAGGCCGAUGCUUUUCAUAUAGUGGAAUUUAAUAGUGAUAUUUUUGUGUGGAACAUGAACACAGAAUCAAAACUCACUGUAGAUAUUAAUAAUGAAAGAGAUCCUUUUGGAGAACUUGCUAGCCUAAAUUUGCCAUACGCAGUAUCUGCUACCACAGGAGCAAUCACCAAAGGAAAAGCAGUAAUAAGCAAGCUUCAAGGCAAUGGAAUGACCAACAUGUUAGCCAGUAUUGAAACUGGUUUAUAUCUAGUGAACCAAGAACUAAAGAGGGCAUCAAGAAGACAGCCUUUAAUUAUCUUUUUGACAGACGGGGAUCCGACCAUGGGAAUGACCAACACGGAAGAGAUUAUAAAGAUUGUGACAAAUAUUAACGAGAAUAAAGAUUACAUACCAAUAUAUUCUCUGUCUUUUGGAGACAAAGCAGAUAAAAAAUUCUUACGAAAAUUAUCCCUGAAGAACUUAGGAUUUUCCAGGCAUAUUUACGAAGGACCUGAUGCUCAUAUUCAACUCCAGAAUUUCUACAACGAUAUCUCAUCCCCACUUUUAUCAGAUAUCGAAUUUGAGUAUACUGAUGACGUUACGGAAGUAUCCAAACUGAAGUUCCCUAUUUACUUUAAAGGAUCAGAACUGGUGGUUGCUGGAAAAUAUCCCAUGAAUGAAGCUUUUGACACCUCUAAGUGGAAAGUUAAGAGUAAAGGCAAACGCGGUGAAAUCUCAUUACAACCAGUAAGGGAAGCUGCAGUGGGCGAAUUGGAGCGCCUGUGGGCCUAUUUAACUAUAAAACACAAACUGGAACAACGAGAAUUAGUCAAAAAUAAAAAACAACAGUUAACUAAAGAAGCUCUGGAUCUGGCGAAAAAAUAUUCCUUCGUUACUGAUGUAAGUUCCUUGGUAGUUGUCAAGCCCAAUGAAACCUGUACUGUUAACACCGAAGAUUCUUCAAAGCCAAACGAACCAAAGGUUAUAUUACCAGAUAUUCUCAGUGUUAAACCAAUGGAAGCACCUGCAGAACACUAUGCAGAUAACUCGUUUUAUCCUGCCAGUUAUCCAACGAGAGCAGAUGGAGAACCAUAUGUGGGACGCUCGUACAUUAUGAAUACACCAGUUGUUAAUUUUGACAAUAUUGCUGCCACAGACACACGUCCGGCAUCAUAUUCUCGUCUACUCUGGUUGAAAGACGCCUUAAACCCAAAUGGAACUUUAAACAUUUUAGGAGGUGCAUAUGAUUUGGGCACGGACCCAACUAUUCCUGGUAAUGGACAAUGUAGACCGACACCUAACAGGAAUAUUCGCGGAGGAUUUUGCAGCUUGCUGAUAAAUUGUCCACAAGUCCAUUCAUAUCUGACAAGCUUCAUGACUUACGAACAAUAUGCUUGCAUCCUUAAUAACAAAUAUGCCGGAGUUUGCUGUCCAAUACGUUGAAGAAUAACGCAUAAGAAUUAAAAAAAUAUGAUUACGUUGUUUAUAAAAGAUUCAAAUAAAGCAUUUUUUAGUAUGA